AUGUCUUCCUUUUCAAGGCUUGUUAGAUUCCUCGCCCACGAUGGACACUCCUAUUAUGGCGACGCCAUCCUCCCCGACGGAGAAACGGACAUUUCCAAGGCCCAGAGUGCCCGGAUUAUCGAGGGAGAUAUCUUUGGUCAACACCAAGUCACGAAUCUCACCGCCAAUAUCCGCACCCUUCUCCCACCCCUAGCACCAGCACACUCCGGCACCGUCCGCUGCCUGGGCCUCAACUACGCCGACCAUGCCAAAGAAAACAAGCUUCCCGAGCCAAAGUACCCUGUCCUCUUCUUCAAGCCUCCCACAAGCCUGUCUGGUCCCACCGACCCCAUCCCUGUUCCUCACAUGGCCCAGGAGAUGGACGGUCUCGACUACGAGUGCGAGCUGGUCAUUGUCGUCGGCAAGCAGUGCAAGGACGUGCCCGAGUCCGAGGCUCUCGAGUGCGUUCUUGGAUAUGCUGUGGGAAACGACCUGUCUCACAGAGACUGGCAGUUGAAGCACGGAAACCAGUGGGCUCAUGGCAAGGGCUUUGACGGCUGGGCACCGUAUGGUCCUGGCAUUGUCUCCUCCAAGCUGAUUGAGGACCCUCAAUCGCUCUCCAUCUGGACCAAGGUCAACGGCGAGACACUACAAAGUGGCAACACUGCCGACCAAAUCUUUGGCGUCAAGGAGACCAUUUCGCUCCUCAGUCGAGGCGUGACCUUGAUGCCCGGGGAUCUCAUCUUUACCGGGACACCUGCCGGUGUUGGAAUGGGACGCUCACCACAAUUAUGGCUCAAGGACGGCGAUGUUGUGGAAGUCGGACUCGACCAUGUCGGUACCUGUGUCAAUAGGGUCGAGUUUGCAAAGAACUAUGCCAAAAUAUAG